CGGCCGCUAACACAUGCUUUUGUUUACAUCUGUGUACCAGAAAUACUAAUCUACAAACGUGCAAUACCAACAGAUUGUUAAAUAUUGUGCUGUAAAUUCUAUCGUUGCAAAGUAAAAUGGGUAAAAAGGAUAAAAAUAAGAAAAAAGGGAAGGGAGCGGAGAAAACUGCAAUGAAAACGGAUAAAAAGCUGGCCGCCAAGCAGAAGAAGCUGAUCGCCAAACUGGGGGAGGACGACAUCGAGUCAAUUGUGGCCAAGUAUGAAACAAAGGAAACGAAAUCAUCUGACCUAACGGAGGCUCUGUGUGCCCCACCUACGGCCAGAGUAAAUUUUGCCAUAUGCUCACACCCGGACAAAGAAGAAAUUUUCAUCAAUGGUGGAGAAUUUUUCAAUGGACAGAAAACGUUCGUGUAUGGAGAUUACUAUUGUUACAAUGUGGCAAAAAAUGAUUGGAAAGUGCUCAAAUCGUCGAUUUGUCCCGCUCCCCGGAGUGGCCAUCAGAUGGUGUCCGUUAGCACGGAUGGUGGCCAGAUUUGGCUUUUUGGCGGUGAGUUUGCGUCACCUUCGCAGCUUCAAUUUUACCAUUACAAGGAUCUGUGGGUUUACCGAAUCGCCAAAAAACAGUGGGAAAAAAUCAACGCAGCAAACGGACCCAGUGCCCGAAGUGGCCACCGCAUGGUGGUGACCAAAAAGAAGUUGUUCGUUUUUGGUGGUUUCCACGAUAACAACACCUCGUACCGAUAUUUCAACGAUGUACACUUUUUCUCUCUGGAGAGCUAUACCUGGACAAAGGUAGAACCAUCAGGAACUCCGCCUGCUCCCCGCUCUGGUUGUUGCAUGAUUGCUAAUCCCGAGGGCAAAAUCCUCGUCUGGGGUGGCUACUCCAAAUCCAACGUUAAGAAAGAAAUUGAUCGCGGCGUAACUCAUGCGGACAUGUUCUCCCUGACAUCGGAUAAGAAUGAAAUGAAGGCUUUCAAGUGGGCCAGCGUGAAACCAGGGGGAAAACGUCCUCCUCCGAGAAGCGGAAUGAGUGCCGUCAUUGCCGCUAAUGGGAAAGUGUACACAUUUGGCGGCGUGAUGGACACGGAAGAAGACGAAGAGGAUGUUCGCGGUAUGUUUAGCAAUGAGCUACAUUCGCUGGAUCCGGCAUCGCAUAGUUGGAGAAAGCUAGAAAUGGCGGCGAAGAAAAAAUCCCCAAAACAACCGGAUGCCGAAAUGACCGAAGCUAAACCGGCUGAUGAGAAAAAAGUUGUACAUGACGACGGUAUUUUCACCAUGUCUGUGGGUGGUCCAGCGCAGGGCAGUUCCAGUUCCAAGAUGGAAACGGACACCGUUGAUCUGGGAGGACCUUCGCCACGCAUGAAUUCGGGAAUCGUUGUCUGCAAAGGAAAUCUGUACAUCUAUGGUGGCCUCUACGAGAGUGGAAGUCGACAGUAUACACUGAGCGACUUUUAUUCUAUAGAUUUACAUAAAAUGGAUCAAUGGAAGACCAUUAUUGCCAACAGUCUCACCGGUAAUGAAUGGUUAGGAUCGGAUAGCGAGGAAGGGUCCUCAGAUGAAGAUGACGAUGAUGAGUCUGACGAUGACGACGACGAUGAUGAUGAAUCUGAUGAUGAUGAUGAUAGCUCCGAAAUGGAUACCGAAUGAAAUUAAAAUAAUUUGUGAAUCACAAGACAACCUAAGAAAAA